GGCCGGAUCCCGACGAGGAGGAGGAGGAGGACGGAUCCCGACGGAAGGAAGAAUGGACGAUGCCAUCGAUGAGAUAAACGACGACGAGGAAGCAGACGUUUCAAGAAGCAGCAGCAGUAAGAGGACGACGACUGACUACGGCGACGACGACGAGCGUCCAGACUCCAGGGCGGAAGCGCUGCUCGUCGCAAGAGGAGGAGGAGGAGGAGCGGGCAAGCAGCGGGGCAGUAAGAAGCAGCACGCAGCAGCCAGCGACGAAAUAGCUCCAAGCAUCGCAUCAAGGAAGGAUUUGUGGCGCCGCUCACAUCGAGAGAAUUGAUGUUUCUCAGCAUGGCAUCAUCAUGUAUAUGAUUUUUUUGAGCAAAUCUUUGGCCCGCGCGAGCAAGAUCGGAGUGCAGCGGAGUCGUCAGAUCUGGGAGGGAGAGAAUGAAGUGGCAUUGUGUAAUGGGAGUGAGUGUAUAGCGGUCACUGGGGAGGUCCGAAUCCGCUGCCUUUAAAAGCCUGUCAGUCGAGCGUGGAUUUCCGGACACCACCAUCCAUCGGCGUCAGUACUGUAGCGGUGAAGUACAAGAAAGAAGCAAGAGGUGAAUUAAGAAUUCUCGAGGUUAGAGUAGCCGUAGAAAUCAGUUGCGAUGUUGCCUGUUUCUCAGCGCGGUCGAACGGCUUCGAGCUACCGGAACAACUCUGUGAUGCCUCAGUAUUUGCGACGUAUCAUCAAGUGGCAGCAAAUGGAUAUCGAGUACACAUUCUGGCAAAUGCUUCACCUUUGUACCUCUCCUAAAGUUGUCUAUCAACACACCAAGUACCACAAACAGACAAAGAACCAGUGGGCACGGGAUGACCCAGCUUUUGUUGUUAUCUGUAGCUUACUUUUGGCAGUAGCCGCCUCUGCUUACUGUGCAGCGUACGGCGACAGCGUUGCUGCAGCGGGCUUCACAAUUUUUUCUGUUGUCUGUGUGCAUUUUCUUUUGAUAGGCUUGGCGUUAGCCACCUUGUUUUGGUUCUUGUCAAACCACUACCUCCGAGAGGAAGCUGCAGUGCACACUCAUGUUGUCGAGCAAAAGGUUGAAUGGUUGUAUGCCUUUGAUAUACACUGUAAUGCGUACUUUCCAGUAUUCGUCAUUUUGUAUGUUCUGCAGUAUUUUCUUUCUCCCCUUCUCCUUGCUCAUGGAUUUGUACCGACAUUGUUGUCGAAUCUACUUUACGUGGUAGCUCUGUGCUACUAUCAUUAUCUCAACUUUCUUGGGUACAAUGUGCUUCCGUUCUUGGAAAAGACAACGUUCUUUUUAUACCCGGUUGCUCUGCUGAUUAUACUGUUCCCUUUCUCGGUGUUAGCGGGGUUCAAUCCAACCAGAUUUGCGCUAGGAUUCUACUUUCGGUGAAGCAAAUGUUCAAAGACGGAGAUUCAUGUUUUUUCUUUUUACCUCCUGCAAGAAUGAUCAGAAAUGCCAGUAUCUGGCAAGAUUGAAUUGAGGAGGAUAAAGUGGAGGAAUGAGCUACAAUUCGACUAGCCAUUUUUGAUUCGCUAAAAUGAGGACGAAGUCUGUAACACACCGGUCUUUAAACUUCCGAGUUAGCUCUGUAUCAGCCUCUACGACCUUCCUUCAAGACCCUCUUUUCCCGUGAUGUUUACAACCUCUGUACAAGAUUUGCAUCGCAAUGAUGGCAAUUAGAUCAAAACAAUGUCAAGAAGCCCAACUUGCGAAGGAUAGAUCCUCAAGUUCAGUUAUUCAUGAAGGUGACGAGUUAUGUAUUGCCUGCAACUUUUGGUUUCUCUGAAAAUUGCAUUGUGAAUGACUCUGGUGGCAGAUGUUGGCAUCCUUGUUUUUUGAAAGGCUGGUACAUCUCCAGUUCAAUUCUUUCAACUCUACCCGUUGUUAGCGAAUAAAGAAGGAAUACUCAUUACGGUUGUUAUGUUCACGUCGAGAUGACAUGUAGAAGAAUAGAGGCCGGUCAGUGUUGAAUGUACAUGUUCGGGAUUAGCUUUUGCUUGAUCAGUGUUCGAAGGCGACAGCGAUUUCAUGAUGAUGAAAAUGGUGCAGUCCACUGAUAGAUUUACUACACGAUAGGUGCAGUUCCAAACUCGGUGCGCAUCUUCUUCAAAGUAGGACCGUCUUUUUGGUCCGAGGCCUCAAGAGCGUAAUGUAUCAAUCAGCUUUUGUGUCGCUUCACAUGUCGGAUGGAUGUUAGAUUUGCAGUGAAAAACUUUGACUCUUAUUGUUGUUGGUCACAAAUUUCAUCUAUUCGGAACGAAUUUUGAACACUUGAGGAUUACAUCCAGGACCUUCACUGAAGGCCGGCCUAUGUCUUCAACAAGCAUGUCCAGGAUAUGUAGCCUGAAACUGCAGAUUUUGUCAUCACGCUACCGCGUUGAAAGCCACAUUUUCUGUAUGUAUAUAUCUUACGUCGUAGCAUUGAAGCUAAAGCUAUGAACAAAGCAAUCAAUAGUCUGCAUGUUGUGGAGGGGUCUUUACUCCGUUACACAAAACCCACCGCAACGACUGAUGCCGCUGUCAAUAUUUGGCGUGAAAUACG